CGAGUUAUCAUAAUUCUGAACCGUGCCGUUUAUUGUUUAAUGUUUAAUGUUUAUACUUUAUUCAGAUUUCAGUUUGUUGAGUAGUAUUGACGCUAACUUACAUUUAAGUGUUUUAAACUUUAUUUUUAUUUAAGUUAUACAAAAACUAAAAUGUACAAAGUUCCUCAAAAAGUACAGAAGGUAAUGGUACAGCCCAUUAACCUUAUCUUUCGGCACUUGCAAAAUCGUGCUAAAGUUCAAGUAUGGCUUCAGGAGAAAAUUCAUUUAAGGAUUGAAGGACAUAUUGUGGGUUUUGAUGAAUAUAUGAAUCUGGUCUUGGACGAAGCUUGUGAAGUUAACACUAAAGUUGACUCACGGAAACCUGUUGGCCGUAUAUUGUUGAAAGGAGAAAACAUUACAUUAAUACAAAAUAUGACUCCUUCCAUAGGAUAAAAACAAGAACUGUCUGAAUAAAAAAAAUAUACUUCAAUAUAUCCUUUGUAAUAUAAAUUCAUAAUAAAAUAUCUUAAUACUUACAACUCAAA